AUGCCCACGCACGACGCGGCCGACUCUCACGGAUCCCACUCGCCCAUCUCCCAUCUUCAUCAGCAACGCCCGCACCGGCUCUACCAGGGCCACCGGCGCAAGUCAUGGAUCGUCAAUGACACGGACACGAUGCUAGAGCUGCGAGCUCGUGCGCGCACGUUCGACGGAGCGUACACUCGCGCUGCCCUUAGCAAUCUCGGAUACGCUCUCCUUGUCCUCAAGAUCUUCUCGCACGAGUUCGCCAGGAUCGGCCUGAUCUACGCCAUCAUGUCGAUGCUGCUGCUCGUCAUUGCGCAGUACAGGCGUAGACGGAGCGAUCACGACUUUGCGGACAUCCACCGUCCCGAGAUGAAUACACCAACCGUCGUCAAGGCGAGUGAGCGCAUCUGGGGACGCGAGUUCCGCACGAGCGGGGAUGUCGUCGUGCUUCUUGGCGUCGUCUGCACGGCGCUGUACAUGGCGCUGUUUGCGCUCAUCAUGCAGCUGGACGCAUAG